CCUCUUAGGCGCGGGGCCCAAUUCGGGGGAAUUGGUGGAAUAGGUCUAAAGCCGGCCCUGCCCCCUGUGCCCUGAUAGGACACCUCCGUUCCCCUCUCUGUGCCCCUGCCCAGUGCCCCCGUGUCUCCUGGCCCGCCAGUGUUCCUACAUCCCUGCCUAAUGCCCCCCGAUCCAGAUCUCCCCACGCACUUUGAUCCAAAUCCAUCCUCACACUCCUGAUGCUGAUGCCACCUCCUUGUAUCUCAACCCAACAGCCCUUGUAACUGAGACCCAAUGCCCUCUUUACCCCAGCCCAACACCUGCUGCUCCCUUUCCCUGGGCCCUUGACUCCAACCCAACACUUCCUUUGGCCCCAGACCCAAUGCCCCCAAGACCCUAACACAAUGCCCCUUUGACUCCUUCCUGUGACACCUCACCCCAAAGCAAUGCCCCGACCCCAUCUUAACACCCUUUCCCUACACCCCCACACACUCCUGCUAUGUCCAAUGCUAUUCAACAUUUCCAUCAAUGACCUGGAACAAGUAAAUAUGAAACCACUACUGAUAACCUUUGCAAAUGACACAAAGAUUGUUGGAGUAGUAUGACGAGUAGAAUGAAGAGGACUGUCCUACACAGCAAUUUGGAUUGCUUGGAGGGGUGAAGUCAGACCCCUCAACUGCAGAUGGGUCCUGAAGACUGGCAUGACCUGGCAACAGCUGAUCUACAUGUCGCCGCCAGGAAUGGCUGAACUGUUUUAGCUGAGAUUUGCCAAAAAAGCUCUUCCUGAGGCAGACACCCGCCAUGGAAAAUUUCAGGCUGAAUGGUUAAAGUUUGGCAAAGUUAUAAGCAACUGGAAACAGGGUCUGAUAAUGGGAACUGUUGGGUAAGUAUGGGCUCUGCCUAUACUACUUAGAUAGAUUUGAGUUUUACUUGAGGAUGCCCACUUCUCUUCUCCCUACCCAUUUUUAAAGGCUUAUGUUUUAAGAUUUUUCUGAAUGCAGUGUUACUUACAAUUGUGUUAUUUAAAGUGCCAUUGAACAGCUGCUAGGGUAUAUUUUCCUGGGGUGGCUAGCCGGUGACAGGAGGGCUAGAAAGCUAAAAGGAAACAAAUUGAAGGAAGCAUUCAUUUACUUUACAUAAACGUAUAAGAAAACAACAUUAAUACUAAAUAUAUUACAAGGGAUUCUCCUAGAAGUGAUAGGCUGAGAGAAUAGAUGUUAUAGAUCUAUAUCUAUCUAUCCAUCCGUCACUAUACACACCCCUCUAUCUACCUACCUACCAUCCAUCCCUAUACAAACACCUCUAUCUAUUGAUCCAUCUAUCCAUAAAUAUCCAUCACCCUAUAUACCUCUCCAUUUAUCCAUCUCUAUCUGUCUCUCCCCAUACAUACUCCUUUAUCUAAUCUAGCUCUCUAUAUACAUAUUUAAAUCUAUGUAUGCAUAUCUAUUCAUCUAUCCAUCUAUCUAUAUUCAUCCAUGUACGCUAAGCACAUCUGGUCCAAGAAGGCAUACAGUGCAAUAGGCAGAAAGGGGAGGGUGUAUACUGGCUGGGGAGAAAUAUAUCCAUUGCAAAAGCUAAGCCCCCUAGCCUCCUGCUGGGGGUGGGGAGUGUCUCCAUAGGUGCUGGAAUUAGGGAUGCUGGGGAUGCCACACCCCUUGACUUGAAGUGGUUUCCAUUCUAUACAGGGUUUACAGUUUGGUUCAAUGGCUCUUAGCACCCCCACUAUAAAAAAUAUUCCAGCACCCCUGGGUGGCUCUGUCUCUGAACAGUUCUCCAUUUCUCUCAUUCUCUCCCUUUCAUCCCUUCUUCAGGGACAGGGGCAUUUUAAAAGACAACAUAAAGACCCACCCAGCAGCUCCUCUCAUUCAGUACAUCCCCCUCCUUACAUACACAUCUGGGCUCAACUCUUUCCCCCCUCCUUCCGCCUGCCUCUUGCCCCUGCCUGCCCCCCUCUGGCCAGAUGUGCAUCCAGGCGGAGGGGUUCAGCUGGGAGGUGCUGAGGCCAGGGGAGCUGGAACUACUUUUCCCCAGCAGCAGUAAGCAGCAGGAGCCGACCGAGGAAGCUCCAGUCUGACUCUCAUUGUGUGUGUGUGUGUGAGGAGAGACGGAGGCAGGCACCGGAGCUCCUGUAAAGCCUCCUGCCCACGCAACUUUCCCACCAGGGUCCCCCCCCUCCACCGCACACACUGAGUCAACCCCCCUCUUCUUGCAGCAUCCCCAGACCCUGGACCCCCCCCAUUUCCACCCCCUACUCCUGGAGGUCACUUUUAUUUUUGUGCACAAGUUGCUACAUCUUUGGAGGAAGAAAGAAGCCAUAGAAGGAAACGGGGGUCAGAUCGUCCCCAGGGGAGAGUUGGGGGGAAACCCCUCAUUUUUAACCCAACUCCCACCCCCGUUUUUUGCAUUUGUCGCCACCGACCAGCGGGCGCGUCCUCCACCCUGAAGCAGGACUAAAGGGGGGGAUUCCUGUGGUGGAGGGGGCCGCAAAGCAGAGGGAGCUGGGGGGGCAAUGCCUUCCGUGAUGGAAAAAUCCGGCCCGGCCUCCGGGAUCCUGUCGAGGAGCCGGGCGAAAUCGGCCACCAAUGGCAAUCAUCAGACCUCGGAGGAUGAGAGCAGCGAAGAAGAGCAUUCGCACGGUAAGUGCCAGACUGGGGGCACAGCUAUUGUGCAAGCGGCAGGGAGCCAGCCAGGGUCCACUCCACACACGGAUCAUGCGUGCGUGUCCCGGAACGGGAGCCGAGAAUGAUUCACUUGCGACACGCAUGUGGACUGGGGGGCUCGUGACACGCCACGAGUGUGGACUUAGGGGGGCUCACGCCAUGUGUGCGGUCGGGGGGGGGUGUCGUGAUACGCCACGCGUGUGGACGGGAGGGUCACGCCACACUUGCAGACCGCACCUCCCCGUGGAGGAGAAAAACUCUGUUGGAGUGCGAGGCCCUAAGGGUCAGGGAUAGGGAGCUGGCGACAACUUCCCGGGUCUGGGGAAGUGACAGCGAGUGGCCCGGUUCCUCCAGAACCAGGAGGUGCGCGGGGAGGGAAGCUGCUAUCUCCCUAGUGACUUGAAUUAACCCCACUUUCUACGGUGUCUCGGGAUCCCCUCCUCACCUGGCGUCCAACGGGGAGACGUGGUGACCCCCAUGGCUCCUGGGGUUAGCCGGGGCGGCCCGGGACUAGAAUACAGUGUAGAAUACAACAAUGCUGGAAUAUUAUUUCUCCUGCAAUCCCUGCUGGGGCCCGAUCCCUGGGAGCUGGCGGGGGGUGGGAGGACAGAACAACACUAGGGUGUUGGGGGCUAACCCCUUCCCAAACUUAGCCCCAGGGUGAGCAAAGGGGCGCUCUCGGCUGAACAAAGAGCCGGGGCAUCACUGGAAGGUUGCUUUUGCUAACAGCUUCGACCCCAUUGUCCCCUGGCGCCCUCGUGUGUGCCUGCAGCCUCCCAGCGUCAGCCGGCUUUGUUAGCCCCCCUCCCCCCGCCUCUCACCAGCGCCAGCAAGGGAUGUGCUGGGGGGAUCCAAGGAGAUUAGAGCGGCCGAUUCCUCCCACCGGCCAUGUGGAAUCCGUUUGGGGAAUGUGUGUCGGGGGGGACAGUUACGCCCCUUUGCUGCUGGCUCUGGGGAGGCACAAGCAACCCAGGAGUAUGGAGUGGGGGGGUCAACAGAGUGGAGUGCUAGUCUGCUGUUUGGACACCCUCCCUUGCCAGCCCUGUUAGCCCAUCACUAAGGAAACGGGGGGCCUCACCUCCGAGACCUCUCGUGUUCUUCCCCCAAGUGUGCAGGGGGUGGCGUCCCACCACCCCCAGCUGUUCUAGAUACUGGGAAAUUUUGCCAAAGACACCCUCUCCUCCCCAGCGAGAGCCCAUGUCACAGCUGCGCCGCAGCCAGCCACCACCCCCUGCCGGGGUGUGUGUGUGCAUCCUGGAGGGUGGGGGUUAUAUUGUGUGCAGGAAGGGGGCAGCUACCUGGGUGGUACCCAUCAACAGCUGGGAGACCUUCCCACUCUAUCUUCCCUGUGGGUGUGGGAUCCGCCUAGGAGCAGACCUCCCCCCCCCACCCCGUCCUCUCCCCAUCUCCCCCUCCCUCGCGUGUGUUUCUUGGGCCCCGUGCCGGAAAGUGAAAGCAGGGCAGCUCCUUGGCAGGCGCUGGCUAAAUGCUUCCAGAUCAGGCUGCAGCUGUGACAAGACAGGCUUCCUGGGAAAGGGAGCCAGGGGUGGGGUGGGAAGUAGAGAGGGGAACGGGAUAAUGUAGCCCCCCACCACCCGUGAACCAGUGCGUCUAGAGCUAGAUUGCAUGUUCAACUCUGAUUUGCAGCUGCCUGGGGGGGAGGGAGGGCUGUUUUGUAUACAGAGAUCCCUGGCCUGGUGCUGGGAUGCAGCCACCUCUGGGGAGGGCUGUCUGGGCUGAUUAACAGCUAAACAAACCUACACUGUAGUUUGGGAAGUGAAGGAGAAGCUGUACUUAUUUGACAAGACAGCAUGAUUCGGGUGGGGGCUGAUUACCAAGCUGUGAUCCCUGAGUGCAAGCCAGAAAGCCCCGCUCGCUACAGCAACAAGGAGCUGAAGGGGAUGCUGGUCUGGUCGCCCAACCACUGCGUGUCAGAUGCCAAAUUGGACAAAUACAUCGCAAUGGCCAAGGACAAGCACGGCUACAACAUUGAGCAGGCCCUGGGGAUGCUGCUGUGGCACAAGCAUGACGUGGAGAAGUCUCUGGCUGACCUGGCCAACUUCACGCCCUUUCCAGACGAGUGGACGGUGGAGGACAAGGUGCUAUUUGAGCAGGCGUUCAGCUUCCAUGGCAAGAGCUUCGCGCGCAUCCAGCAGAUGCUCCCCGACAAGCUGAUCCCCAGCCUGGUGAAGUAUUACUACUCCUGGAAGAAGACAAGGAGCCGCACGAGUGUCAUGGACCGACAGGCCCGCCGGCUGCUCAGCAAGAAGGAGAGGGAUGACAGUAACGACGAGAUGGAGGAGGGACGGGCAGCCAGCGAGGGGGAGUUUGAUGCCAUGGACCCCAAGAAGGAGCCAAGCUACCAGAAGCUGCCGAACAGCCGGCCGGGCCCAGGAUCGGGCUCAGGGCCUGUGAGGAAGGAGGCACAGCUGUCGCAGUAUCGGCACCACCCACUGCGCUCACGCCGGCGCCCCCCCAAGGGCAUGUACCUGAGCCAGGACGACAUCGCUGGCAUCUCAGCCAGCCCUGAUGUGGGCACCCUGGCGCUGCGCCACCUCGACUCACAGCUCGUCUCCCUCAAGCGCCAGGUCCAGUGCAUCAAGCAGAUCAACAGCAGCAUGAAGCAGGCCCUGGAGGGUGGGAUUGACAAGCUGCGGCCCCCUGAGGGGAACAGCAAGUUCAACUCGCGCUGGACAACGGACGAGCAGCUGCUGGCUGUGCAGGCCAUCCGCAGGUACGGGAAGGAUUUCCAGGCCGUGGCUGGAGUGAUCGGCAACAAGACGCUGGCCCAGGUGAAAACCUUCUUCGUCAGCUACCGGCGCCGCUUCAACCUGGAGGAAGUGCUGCAGGAGUGGGAAGCUGAGCAGGGGGGCUCCCCAAGAGGCCGCUCCCCCCCUCAUGACACCAAGAGCUCCAGCGUCUCACUGGCCAGCAGCGAGGAGGACGAUGAGGUGCAGAUCACAGCCGUGUCCCGCUCUGCCCAGCUGCAGCCCCCAGCGUCCACUGCAGCGGCUCUGCCCUCUGCCUCCCCCCGGCUGCCGCCCACCACGCUGUCGCAACCUCCCCCCUUGCUGCGGCCCACGCUGCCCACAGCGCCCACGCUGCACCGCCAGCCACCCCCACUCCAGCAGGGGCGCUUCCUGCAGCCCAGACUGUCGCCCAACCAGCCGCCCCCGCCACUCAUCCGGCCUGCUGCUUCCCGCCACCACGGGCGGGGGCCCCAGCCCUCCUCGCUGGUGGGCGUGGCCCUGGAGCCCCCUCCCCCCUCCUCCUCCAGCUCCCUCUGAGGUUUUGGGGGGAGGCCAGCUGAAGCCCCCUACUUCCUUAGUGUCCUGGAUCCUGCUUGGUUAAGGGGUCAGGGGCUCCAUCUACCCCAUAGUGACACACUGGGGGUGUCUCUAGGACCCCCCCCUCCCCAGGGGAGGGGAGAGACUGAAGGACUUGCAUUGGUUGAACCCGGCCCCCCCAGCAUGGUCCAUUUGGGCUCUAAGCAAAAUCCAGGCAGGGGAGUGGGUACUAAUGCCAGCUGUGGGGAGCCUGGGGUAGUGGGGGGGAGGGGGAUUCUUUACUUGUAGAGGGAUCAGUUCAAUGGGGCGGCGCACCCCCUGCUGGUGAGCCAUGCCUAGUGUGGGGCAGGGACCCCUCCUCACCCCUAGGAGCCUGGGCAGGGGGUGGGAGUGGGGCUCCUACCUGUGGCUGAAUGAGCUGGGGAAUGUAUCUCCUCCGGGGGGGAGGGGUGUGGGAAUGUUCUCCUGGCAGUGGGGGGUGCUGAUGCUAGCCCCUGGCUGGCAGAGCAGUUGCUGGGGGGCAGGGGGUGUUGAGGGGCAGGAGUAGCACAAAAUCCCCCCCCCGCCCCCCCCAGGGCACAGCUCCCUCACCUUAGGGGGCAGCACUGGCUCCCAGGGGGGACCUGAGUGCCAGGGGCCAGGUAAGGGGUAGCCAGCGUUAACACGGGGUGAGGCACGUGCAGGAGAGUUGGGGGGGAGCAUUGAUGAGGCCUUGGAAGAAGCACAGAGCUGGGGGGGGGUUGGGCACCCCCUCCCCCAUCUAGAGGACAGCAGCUCAGUCACCUGUGCAGCCAUGGAGGACCCCCCCCAUGCUGAGUGCAUGCUGCUGUGCUGGGGGAGGGGGGUCUGGGCAAUGGGGCAUUUGUA